AUGGAGAAACUCAAACAAAUAAAAGUAAUAGCCAAUAAUCUUAAGACGGGCCCUACGAAGGCUGUAAAAGCGCUACAUAAAUUAGUUUUCGAGCGGGAAGGAGAUCGCGGUAAUCGUAAACGCCUUCGCGAAUUCGGCGGCUUUGCAUUCGCUAGCGGAUCAGAAGAAUAUAAGAAUAAACUAACGUAUGUGGACACGUAUCUUGGAUGGGUAGCAAUCUGUAAUAUUUUGGCGGUCGACUACGCAGGCACAAAGAAGGAGCUAGGCCAACGAAUCUAUGACUACUUGAUGGACCUUGACUCGCUUGACGACGCGAACGACGAGAGGAGAGACGCUGAAGAAGAUGCCAUAGGUGACGAUAAUGACGAUAAUGACGAUAAUGACGGUAACGACGGUAACGACGGUAACGAUGGUAACGAUGGUAACGAUGGUAACGAUGGUAACGAUGGUAACGAUGGUAACGAUGGUAACGAUGAUGACAAUGAAGUUAGAGAGGUUAACGACGAUCAAGACGAAGACGAAGCAAGCAACGAAGACGAGGUGACAGGCAACCAGGUAGGAUUAUGA